GUCGAGGAUCCAACCUGCCCUUCUCCACCAUCCUCCUUUAUUCCACACCAGGGUUUUCAUCCUCAGUUUUAAUUCUCACCCUGUAGCGGCGGGGGGAGGUGUUUGGGGUGAUGGUUCAUUCUCGGGGGAUCCACAUUUCGGUGGUUGGUACCUGCUUGCCCCUCCCAGGGGUCUCCAAACCCUCCGAGGCUUUCCCGGGAUGAAGGUCGGAUCCUCUUCGGUUUUGCCGGCAGUCCCUGGCCACCCACCCCCCCGAGUGCCGGCGCCGCGUCCUGCUGCGGGCGAGCCAGCCCGGCCGGCGAGGGAUGGAGAGAGCUGUCCCCGAUUUCUCGGAGCGCCGCGGAGAUGGAGGCAGAGCCCUCUUGAUGCCCCCCGAGCACAGCCACGACACCUUCGCCGCCCCCCACGGCGAGGAGCGAGAUUCCUCCAGGAUGCCAAGAGAGCCCCGGAGCCCCCGGCCUCGUCCGGGACGGAGACGGAGCUGGAGGAGGACGCGUUUUACGCCGCGGGGGAGCUGCCGGCGAUGAGCAGGGAGGGGAAGGGACCCCCUGGCGUGGAGGACCCCGACUUCUUCUCCUCCCUGUCCCGGCAGGAGCCCGACGUCGCCCUGGAAGCGCAUGACGAGGCCGAUGAGCCCGACCCCGCCCUCUCUGGAGCCGUCCCGGCCGUGGCUCACAGGACGGAGCUCGGCCCCGCGAACGAGGAGCACCUGGAGUUCCCGAAGGGCCUGUACAGGACGGACGCUCGGAGCGCCCUGGAGCUGCACAACAUGACGGUGUCGGUGUCGGGCGGCGCGUCCUGGGACGGCCCCGCCCUGGAGCCCCGAGCGGGCCAGGGCAGGCAGGAAAGCACUUUAGAGAGGCUCUCGGGCCCGAAGGACUCGAAGGAGUUUGCCGGGGAGCCCCGGGGGGUGGAGGCCGUGCGGGUGGAUCCCGAGCAGCUGGAGAGCGACCCGGAGGAGCCGGAGCGCGGGAAGGCGGCGGCGGAGACGCCCGGUGCUCGCGGUGCCGAGGAGAGGUAUCUCAGAAACGAACCAAAGCAGCUCGAAGGGCUCGGCAAGGAGCACUCGGAGAAAGGCAGGAGGGGGGUCCAGAGGGUCGACUGGAUCCCCAGGCCCAACAGGAGCCCGAGCCCUCACUACAAAGACAUAAACAAGCCGACAGAUGUAGCAGCCAACCUGCCCUUCCGGGGCCAGGCCGUGCGUGAAGUGCCUCCUCCGCUGCCCCCCACGGUGUUCAGGAAAACGCUCAACCCCGUCCUGGGCAAACCCAAACCCCCGGAGGGCUCCUCGUCCCACAGGAAGGGGCUGGUGGUGGACUCGGACUUGGCCGAGGUCACGCCGCUCUCGGCGGCCGAGUGGACGAUCCAGAAGCCGAGCCUGCAGCUCGGCGCCGAGCUGGCCGUGGGCAAACAGUCGUGGACGGUGAACGCCGAGGACUCGGUGGAGCGGGUCCCGCUGAUGUCCCUGGAUCCCGCCCCCUGCAGCUCCUACGACGUGGAGAUGAGGCCCUACGUGUGCAGCGUCCUGUUGGAGGAGCAGGGCAAGGAGGAGCUGGGCCAGGAGGAGGAUCCCUCGGUCUACACCUGCAUCGAGUGCAGCAUCUACUUCAAGAAGAAGGAGCACCUGAUGGACCACAUGCUCCAGCACAACCGCGGGCCGGGCAGGGACCAAGACGGGGACGCCCUGGGGGGGCAGUGCCAGUUCUGCUGCAACGAGUGCGGGUGGGCCUUCGGGGACCCCGCGGCGCUGGAGCAGCACAAGAGGCUCCACCAGGAGUCGCGGGAGAAGAUCAUCGAGGAGAUCCAGAAGCUGAACGAGUUCCCUGACGAGGGCCGGGAGGCGCGGCUGCAGUGCCCCAAGUGCGUCUUCGGCACCAACUCCUCCAAGAUCUUCGUGCAGCACGCCAAGAUGCACGUCAAGGAGCGGAAGGACCAAGGGGCCAAGGGCGCGGGUCUCUUCGGGGGCGCGGGCGCCGGGGAGGUGCGGGACGGCCCCGGGCACGGCCUCUACAAACACUUCAAGGCCAACGAGCACCCGGCCCUGCCGGCGCCGGCGCCGCCCCACGGCAGCGCCAAAGGGCUCAGCACCUGCGUGCUCUGCAGCUUCCCGGCCCCCAACGAGAACAUCCUCAAGGAGCACAUGAGAUACGCCCACUCCCACCUCUCCUGGGAGGCGGAGGUGUACGAGGACGACCCCAACCAGCCGGGCACCAGCAGGGACGCCUACAGCCCGGCCCGGCCCGGCCGCUUCCCAGAGGCGGAUUAUUUCGGCAAAGCCGACCGGCUCUUCCCCCCCGCCCCCCGGGAAAGCACGUCCCACUACGACCUCCCCCACGGGUUCUCCCUGGCCCAGCCCCGGCUCGACAAGAGCAACGGGGCCACCAAAAAGGACUACCAGGCCUCGGGCUUCCACACCAGGAAGGCGGCCCCGUUCGCCGCCCCGCACAAAAGCCCGGGCCUGUCCGGCUUUCCCUCCGCCAGAGCUUAUUCCCAGCUCGCUCUGCAGCAGCUGAAGAGAAAAGCGGCGGCUCAGCACCUUGAAGGAGACGGCGACGGCCUGCGCAGCCACCCCGGGGGGCCGGAGGAGCUCCGGCACAAGUGGGUGUUGGACGGCGGGAGCGCGGAGGAGGAGAUCGCCGAGAGGGAUCCGGGCGAGGGCGGGGCCGCCAGAGCCGUCACCAUCCCUCAGGCUGCCUUGGACCUCAAGAGGACGUUCAGGGACACCCUGAGGGCCACGGACUCGUCGAUAGCGUCAGAGGAGCAGCAGCAGCAGCUGAGGAUGAUGGUGCCCCUGGUGCUCCUGGAGGAGGUGAACCCGCACCCCAAGGCGGCCAAGCGGCCGCGGGGGAAGGCGUUCAAGAGGAAGGCGACGCUCCCGCCCCGGGAGUUGGCGAUGGAGGAGCCCCUUCCCUUGGAUGUGCUCCUGCUGGACGCUCCCCUGGAGGGUCCCCUGGAGCUCGACGACCUGCUGGACUCGGACUCCAGCAUGUUGAAGAACGAGGAGAGGAAGUGUCCGUACUGCCCCGACCGCUUCCACAACGGCAUCGGGCUGGCCAACCACGUGCGGGGCCACCUCAACAGGGUGGGCGUGAGCUACAACGUCCGGCACUUCAUCUCGGCCGAGGAAGUGAAGGCCAUUGAGCAAAAGUUUUCCUUCCAAAAGAAGAAGAAAAAAGGUAUUGCCAACUUCGACCCCAGCACCUUCAGCCUGAUGCGCUGCGAGUUCUGCGGCGCCGGCUUCGACACGCGGGCCGGGCUCUCCAGCCACGCCAGGGCCCACCUGCGGGACUUCGGCAUCACCAACUGGGAGCUCACCAUCUCGCCCAUCAACAUCCUCAAGGAGCUGUUGGCCAACUCCUCGGAGCACCCGAUGCUGCAGGCGGCCCUGGGGGCCGAGCCCUCGUCGCCGAGCCGGGACAGGGACGCGCUCGGCGGCUUCGCCCCCUCCCGCAAGAGCGUCCCCCCCGUGCCCGAGUGCGGCCUCGCCCGCUCCCCGCUGUCCCCCUUCCUCCCAGCCUGGGGAGAGGAGCCCCUGCAGCCCUACAGAGACGUCCUGGCUCCCGAGGAGGACGAGCUGGUGGCCAUGGAAGUGACUUCCCCCCCUCCCAUCCCGAAAAAAAGCUCCGCUCAGCUGGACCCUCCCCCGCCCCGGAUCGGGACCAAACUGUCCCCGGAGCCGCCCGGGAACAAACCGGAGCCUCCGGACGCCAAAGCCCAGAGCCUGACGACGUGCGAGGUGUGCGGCGCCUGCUUCGAGACGCGCAAGGGGCUGUCGAGCCACGCGCGCUCCCACCUGCGCCAGCUGGGCGUGGCCGAGUCGGAGAGCAGCGGGGCCCCCAUCGACCUCCUCUACGAGCUCGUGCGCCACAAGGGCAAGGCCGACGGCGCCGCCCUCGUCCCGCCCCUGGCCAAGAAAUCGGCCUCCCCCAAGGACCCCGGGGCCGCCCCCCGGCCCGCGCUGCUGGCCCUGGCCAAGGCCGAGCGCCCGCCCGACGGCGCCGUCAACAAAGCCAUCAAAUCCCCGCCGGGCUUCGCCAAGGCCCUGGCCCAGCCGGGCUCCCCCGUGCUCAAGAAGGUGCCGCCCGCGCUCUCGGCGUCCCCGUCUCCCAAGAACUCCGAGGAGAAGAGCUCCAAGCUGGCGCUGAGCCCGCUGCCGGCGUCGCCCAACUCCCAGUGGCCGCAGGAGGAGGACGGGCCCCUCAACUUGACGUCGGGGUCGGAGCCAGCGCGCGACAUCCGCUGCGAGUUCUGCGGGGAGUUCUUCGAGAACCGGAAAGGUCUGUCCAGCCACGCGCGCUCCCACCUGCGCCAGAUGGGGGUCACCGAGUGGUCCGUCAACGGCUCCCCCAUCGACACCCUCCGGGAGAUCCUCAGGAAGAAAUCCAAGCCCUGCCUCAUCAAGAAGGAGCCGCUGGCCCCGGGCCUGGAGCCGCCCAAGCCGCUGGGGGAGGACGGGAUGGAUCCCAAGGCGCCGGCUCCGGCCGGGAAGGUGCUGCAGGGGCUGUCCCUGGCCCCGCUGGGCGGGAGGCCGGGCAAGCCGGGGGCCGGGGGGGCCCUGGCGCUGACGCCCCUGGGAUCCAAAGCUCCCGGAGCCUUCCUGGCUCCCAAGCGGCCGCUUCCUGACGACCGGCUGGGCCCCCACGGGGAAUCCAAGCACAAGGCCUUCGGCCCCCCCGAGCUGUCCUUCAAGGCCAAGGCUCUGCACGACAAGGCCUCCUCCGAGGCGUGCUGCGAGCUGUGCGGGCUGUACUUCGAGAACCGCAAGGCCCUGGCGAGCCACGCCCGCGCCCACCUGCGCCAGUUCGGGGUCACCGAGUGGUGCGUGAACGGCUCCCCCAUCGAGACCCUGCGCGAGUGGAUCCGGCACCGCCCGCACAAGGCCGGCGCCUACCGGAGCUACAUCCAGGGGGGCCGGCCCUUCUCCAAGAAGUUCCGCAACUCCGCGCACGGCCGGGAGCACCGGGGCGGCCCCCUGGGGCUGCAGCCCGCGGGCGUCACCUUCCUGGGGAAGGGGCUCCCCGGGGAGCUGCCCCACGGCGACCCCGCCAAGAUGCUGGACGGGGCGGGAGAGAGGGCCCUGAUCACGUCGCCCCUGUCGCUGGUGAAGCUGGAGGAGCACCAGCGCUCCAACAUCAGCAAGUUUGAGCGGAGGCAGGCGAGGCCCCUGGAUGCCGCCCUGCACCGGGAGGAGGAGGGCUCGGAGUUCCAGCAGAAGCUGGAGGAGACGCGGCCGCCGCCGCCGCGGAUGCGCCCGGUGCCGUCGCUGGUGCCGCGCCCGCCCCAGACCUCGCUGGUCAAGUUCGUGGGGAACAUCUACACCCUCAAGUGCAGGUUCUGCGAGGUGGAAUUCCAGGGCCCGCUGUCGAUCCAGGAGGAGUGGGUGCGGCACCUGCAGCGGCACAUCCUGGAAAUGAAUUUCUCCAAAGCGGAUCCGUUGCGGAGCGAGGCCCCCGCGCCCCCCGAGCCCCCCGCCCUGGCCGAGGCUCAGUAGCGCCAUCCCAGACCCGGCACGGGGAAAAAGCGGCCGCGGGAGCCGCCGGAACAUCCUCACACCCCCCCCCUCCCCACUCCCCGCUCCCACCAUCCCGUAGUUUUUGGGAAAGGGGGGAAGAGGGGGCGGGCGGGGCCCGGAUGGAUCGCUGCCUUCGCCCCUCCGGAGCGUUUUCCCCCCUCCUCGUCCCGGGGAUGAGCUGGGGGUGGGGCCACAAUCCCGGCCACAAGCACUACAUGGAUCCCGGAUCCCGGAUCAGACCCUCGGGAAUCCCUCGGGACGCGCGCGGCACUCGCCGGAUCGGGGCGGGAACCACUCGAUGCCGGGACGGGGCGCGGGGGAGGCCGAACCUUCUCCCCCUUCCCCCCACCUUUCCUCGCUUCCCAAAAUCCGUGUUUUUUUAACCCAAAGAACAAAACGGUGUCGCCUUUUCCCGGUGGCGAUUCGGGCCGGAGCCGGGGCCGGAGGGAAUUCCGGGUGCGUUCCCGGAAAACGCUGUGGAUUUUGUACAUGACCCCUUCGAGAGUUCCUGUAUAUUCCAGGUUUUUUUUUUUCCAUAGGCGCCGGUCGGGUUUAGUGGCGCGUAGAUGUCGGAAUCCCUUGGGUUCCGGGGUUGCAUGUUCCCAAAAUCCCCCUUUUCCCGCACCGAAACGCCGCCGCCUCCCUCCCGCCCUUCCCGCCGCGGCCAAACGAAAAUCCCACCGGAUUCGCCCUCCUCUUCCCGCUGCUGAUUCCCGGGAGUUUCUCCGUGGGGGAGCUCACCAGUGGGAGCUGGGAAAUCCCUGGGGAAUUCCGGCGUUCCCACCCGGAAGCGGCCGCAGCGGCGCCGGGAGGAUUUGGCUCAGUUUCCCCUUUUCCCAAAUUUUUUUUCCCGGUUCCACCGUUGCUUUGUUGUUUUUUUUUUUCCCAGUUUUUUUUUUUUUUUUUCCUCGUCCCAGCUCCAUAGACCCGACUUUUUUAAACUCUAGACUCGUGUAGAAAUAAGGAAUAUUCAUUUUUAUUUGGGAAUCCCGAAACUUCCGAAUUUCGGAAGGAAUUUUAACGGAUAAAUAUUUUUUCCUUUUUUUUUUCUUUUUUUUUUUUUUUUUUUUUUAUUUCCACUUUUUCGGGACGUUUCUGGUGAUUCCUGUACCCGGGAGUGUGGGACGAUGGAUUAA